CUGAGGGGUUUGCAUGGGCCCUGCCUUCGAAGACCGGCACAAGGGGACCGGCCGCGCCUGCAGAGGUUGUUCCCUAGGCACGCUCUUGACAUCCUGCACAUACGAUACAUUCUUACGAUAGAAGAGCGUGUCACCCAUUCAUUAGAAAGAAAGACUAGACCGCGACAUUCCUUCGCUCUUGACCGGCUCUUCGGCACGCAAACCCGCCGGCGCAAUCCACACAUGAUCAGCGGUAUUUAGAGGCUAGGGUACGCACUUAGCCUCAAUGGCGCUGGACAACCGGCACCGGCUCAUCGUCGGCAAGCUUGCCGAGGCGUUUGGACUGCCGGAGAAUGUUAUCGAGAAGACGUUAACGCAAGACAAGCAGGCGGUGAACAGCUUCUUCACCCCGGCUGGCCCACCCUCGCUUGUCUUCGUCUACCAGGUGAAGGAGGACAAGCUGAAGGAUGGCAGCGUUGGACCUGUGGACAACAAGCCCACGCUGCACCGCAUUGGGCCGCAUGAGCGGAUACACAACAAGGGCGUGUACUUCACGCGCUUGAACCCCAAGGGCAUCAAUGAGAAGACGCUGGAGGCGGACAUGGGCAGCGGCGAGCUGUCGGGCGGGGCGCUGGAGAACUUCAAAGCCAUCGUCUCGGACCUGUACCUGCCCAUCAUGCAGGAGCAGCAGCAGUGGGGCAAGAUGUCCACGGAGUACCUGGAGGACUUCCUGUCCUCCACUGCCAAGUUCGGCAGCAUGCUGACGGAGGCGGUGGCCACGGUGUCGGGCGGCGUGGAGCUGCGUAUGCCCGACCCCAGGUACAUCGACCAGUACGGCGACCUGCGGCCCGCCGGCAUCACGCAGGCGGCGGGCGAUGACGACACGCUGCAGGAGAUGGAGGAGUGCCUGACGGAGUGGUGCCGUGAGGCGGAGUUGCUGCUGAACCAGACCAACAAGAUCAAGGACGGCGAGGAGCCGGGCCCCGACACGGAGCUGGAGUACUGGCGCACGCGCAUGAGCAACUUCAACUCCAUCACGGAGCACCUGAAGACCAAGGAGUGCAAGCUGGUGCUGGGCAUCUGCAGCCACGCCAAGACCAAGGCGUACCUGCGCUGGCGCGCGCUGGACGUUCAGAUUACGGAUGCGGCCAACGAGUCCAAGGACAACGUGAAGUACCUGGCGACGCUGGAGAAGAGCAUGGAGCCCAUGUACCAGGGCCGCGUGACCGACAUCACCGAGAGCCUGCCCGCGCUCAUGACCAAUGUGCGCAUGAUGUACACCAUCGCGCGCUUCUACUCUACUGCCGAGCACAUGACUCGCCUGUUCACCAAGAUCACCAACCAGCUGGUGCGCCGCUGCAAGGAGCAGAUUAUGGAGAACGGCAAUGCCAAGAGUCGGCAUGCACCCGCCUUCAGCAUAUCUGGUACACCCUCUCACCUCUGCCCCACCCCUCACGCCAACACGCAGGUGUACUGCAUCCUGUCCGCCAUCCGUGAGCGCAAGAAGAGCUUCCAGUUCACGGACGGCACCACGGUGUCUCUGGACCCGCGUGUGGGCUUCUUCAUCACCAUGAACCCCGGCUACGCCGGCCGCCAGGAGCUGCCGGAGAACCUGAAGGCGCUGUUCCGCGGCGUGACCAUGAUGGUGCCCAACCGCCAGAUUAUCAUGAAGGUGAAGCUGGCCGCCUGCGGCUAUCAGGAGAACGACAUCCUGUCCAAGAAGUUCUUCGUGCUGUACGGCCUAUGCGAGCAGCAGCUGUCCAAGCAGGCGCACUACGACUUCGGUCUGCGCAACAUCCUGUCCGUGCUGCGCACCGCCGGCGCCUCCAAGCGCCAGUCGCCCGACAAGAGCGAGGUGUUCCUGAUGAUGCGCACGCUGCGCGACAUGAACAUGUCCAAGUUCGUGGCGGAGGACGUGCCGCUGUUCCUGUCGCUCAUUGACGACCUGUUCCCGGGCCUCAAGGCUGACCGCAACUCGUUCCCCGACGUGAACAAGGCGCUGGAGAAGGUGGUGCUGGAGCGCGGGCUGCAGGUGCACCCCACCUGGAUGAACAAGUGCAUCCAGCUGUACGAGACGUACCUGGUGCGCCACGGCAUUAUGCUUGUGGGCCCCUCCGGCUCUGGCAAGUCCGCCAUCUGCGAGUGCCUGGCGGCGGCACUGACCGAGCUGGGCACCAAGCACGUCAUCUGGCGCAUGAACCCCAAGGCCAUCACCGCGCCUCAGAUGUUCGGCCGCCGUGACGACACCACCGGCGACUGGACGGACGGCAUCUUCGCGGUGCUGUGGCGCCGCGCCGCCAAGAACAAGAACCAGAACACCUGGAUCGUGCUGGAUGGCCCCGUGGACGCCAUUUGGAUUGAGAACCUGAACACGGUGCUGGACGACAACAAGGUGCUGACGCUGGCCAACGGCGACCGCAUCCUCAUGUCCGCAGCCAUGAAGGCCAUGUUCGAGCCGGAGAACCUGAACAACGCCUCACCCGCUACCGUGUCCCGCGCCGGUAUCAUCUACGUGUCGGAUGUGGAGCUGGGCUGGGAGCCGCCGGUGAAGAGCUGGCUGCAGAAGCGCGACCCCACAGAGGCGGGCGUGCUGGGCCCGCUGUUCAGCAAGUACAUUGACCGCAUGCUGGAGUUUGUGCGCAUCAGCCUGAAGCCCGUCAUGUACAACGAGCAGGUCUCCAUUGUCGGCACCGUCAUGACGCUCCUGAACGGCUACCUCAAGUCCAUGAAGGAGGCGGGCACGGCCAUGAACGACGCCAAGUACGAGCGCGUGUUCCUGUACUGCAUGACCUGGUCGCUGGGCGGCCUGCUGGAGAUGAAGGAGCGCCCCCUGUUCGACCAAGAGCUGCGUAGCUUCGCCCACAACAUGCCGCCCAAGGAGGAGGACAGCGACACCAUCUUCGAGUUCCUGGUCAACACCACGGACGCCGAGUGGCUGCACUGGCGCCACUGCGUGCCGGUGUGGACCUACCCCAAGAACGAGGAGAAGCCCAAGUACGCGCAGCUGGUCAUCCCCACGCUGGACAGCGUGCGCUACGAGCGCCUGCUGAACCUGUCGUACAACGUGGACAAGGCCACGCUGCUGGUGGGCGGCCCCGGUACCGCCAAGACCAACACCAUCAACCAGUUCAUCUCCAAGUUCAACGCGGAGACCACCGCCAACAAGACCAUCACCUUCUCCAGCCUCACCACGCCCGGCAUCUUCCAGAUGUCGAUUGAGGGCGCGGUGGAGAAGCGCCAGGGCCGCACCUUUGGCCCGCCCGGCGGCAAGCAGAUGUGCAUCUUUGUUGAUGACAUCAGCAUGCCGUACAUCAACGAGUGGGGCGACCAGGUGACCAACGAGAUCGUGCGCCAGCUGCUGGAGCAGGGCGGCAUGUACUCGCUGGAGAAGCCCAUUGGUGACAUGAAGUUUAUCACCGACGUGCGCUACGUGGCGGCCAUGAACACGCCCGGCGGUGGCAAGAACGACAUCCCCAACCGCCUCAAGCGCCAGUUCGCCAUCUUCAACGUGCCGCUGCCCUCGGUUGCUGCCAUCAACGGCAUCUUCGGCAAGCUGGUGGAGGGCCGCUUCAGCCGCGACGUGUUCUGCGAGGAGGUGGUGUACGUGGCGUCUAAGCUGGUGCCGCUGACCAUCACGCUGUGGAACCGCAUCCAGACCAAGAUGCUUCCCACGCCCGCCAAGUUCCACUACCUGUUCAACAUGCGUGAGCUGUCCAAGGUGUUCCAGGGCGUGAUCCUGGCCACCCGCGACCGGUUCAACCUGGCCGCUGGCGACUCGGCCGUGUUUGGCGGCAACGUGGCUAGCCCCGAGGGCUACCUGCUGGGACUGUGGAUCCACGAGUGCCGCCGCGUCUUCUCCGACAAGCUGAUUAGCUACGAGGACAAGAACUGGGUGGACAAGGCCGUGUUCGACCUGUGCCGCGACAACUUCUCAUCCGACCUGGUGAAGCAGGUGGAGGAGCCCAUCUACUUUGUGGACUUCCUGCGCGAGCCGGCGGUGGAUGAUGAGACCGGUGAGAUUGUGGACGCCCACCCCUCCUUCUACGAGUCCGUGCCCGGUGGCCUGCCGGAGGUGCGCGCGCGCGUGGAGGGCCUGCAGCGCAAGUUCAACGAGGAGAGCAAGGUGAUGAAGCUUGAGCUGGUGCUGUUCACGGAUGCGCUGACGCACCUGAUGCGCAUCACGCGCCUGCUGGCCAUGGCCCGGGGCUCGGCACUGCUGGUGGGCGUGGGCGGCAGCGGCAAGCAGUCGCUGUCACGCCUGUCGGCCUACAUUGCCGGCGCCUACCCCUUCCAAAUCACCAUCACCAAGACCUACAACGUCUCCAACCUGUUUGAGGACAUCAAGGGCCUGUACAAGAUCGCCGGCUUUAAGGGCCAGCCUGUGUGCUUCAUCUUCACCGACGCCGAGGUGAAGGAUGAGGGCUUCCUGGAGUACAUCAACCAGAUUCUGAUGACUGGUGAGGUGGCGGGCCUGCUGACCAAGGAGGACCAGGACAUGAUCGUCAAUGACAUCCGCCCCGUCAUGAAGCACCAGGCGCCCGGCAUUCUGGACACGUACGACAACCUGUACAACUUCUUCCUCAACCGCGUGCGUGACAACCUACACGUGGUGCUGUGCUUCUCGCCCGUGGGCGCCAAGUUCGCCCGCCGUGCGCAGCAGUUCCCCGGUCUUAUCAACGGCUGCACCAUCGACUGGUUCCUGCCCUGGCCCGAAGAAGCGCUGACCUCCGUGUCGGGCAAGUUCAUUGACGAGUUCACGAUGGCUUGCCCCAAGGAGGUCAAGAACCAGCUGAAGCUGCUGAUGGGCCACGCACACGUGUUCGUGACCGCUGCCUGCAAGGAGUACUUUGAGAAGUACCGCCGCUACGUGUACGUCACGCCCAAGUCGUACCUGUCCUUCCUCCAGGGCUACAAGGAGCUGUACGCCAAGAAGUGGUCGUUCACCAAGGAGCUUGCGUACCAGAUUGAGGGUGGCCUGCAGAAGAUGUUUGAGGCCAAGGCCGACGUGAACAAGAUGAAGGCGGAGCUGGCGGUGAAGAACCAGGACCUGGCCGUGUCGGCCAAGGAGGCGGAGGCGCUGCUGAAGCAGAUUAGCGAGAGCACCGCCAUCGCCGAGAAGGAGAAGCAGAAGGUGGCGGUGAUUGUGGACGCCGUGACGAAGAAGGCCAGCGAGAUUGCGACCGUGAAGGACGAUGCUGAGCGCGACCUGGCUGCCGCCAAGCCCGCGCUGGAUGCUGCCCUGGAGGCGCUGAACUCGAUCAAGGAUGGCGACAUCAAGAACCUGAAGGCGCUGAAGAAGCCGCCUCAGAUUAUCACCCGCAUUUUCGACUGCGUACUGGUGCUGCGCAUGCUGCCCGUCACCAAGGCGGAGUACACGGAUGAGAAGGGCCGUAUGGUGCAGGUCGGCAACUACCCGGAGGCGCAGAAGAUGAUGAACCAGAUGAGCUUCCUGCAGGAUCUGAAGGACUUCGCCAAGGAGCAGAUCAACGACGAGACGGUGGAGCUGCUGGAGCCGUACUUCAUGUCGGAGGACUUCACCUUUGAGAACGCGCAGAAGGCGUCCGGCAACGUGGCUGGCCUGUGUAACUGGGCCGAGUCCAUGGCCAAGUACCACAAUGUGGCCAAGGUGGUGGAGCCCAAGAUUGCCAAGCUGCGCGAGGCCGAGGCUGAGCUCAAGCUGGCCACCAAGGAGAAGAACGCCGCCGAGGAGCGCAUGGCCAAGGUGCAGGCCAAGCUGGACGAGAUGCAGGCGCAGUUCGAUGCCGCCAUGGCGCACAAGCAGGCGCUGGAGGACGACGCAGCGGCCACGCAGCGCAAGAUGGACUCCGCCAACGCGCUCAUUGGCGCUCUGGCGGGCGAGGAGGCGCGCUGGACGGCGCAGUCCAAGGAGUUCGACGUGCAGAUCCAGCGCCUCACCGGCGACUGCGCGCUGGCCUCCGCCUUCGUGUCCUACCUGGGCCCCUUCAACAAGGAGUUCCGCGAGCUGCUGCUGAACCGCGACUUCUAUGGCGACUGCAUGAAGCUGAACGUGCCGGUGACGCCGCACCUGCAAAUCACCAAGUUCCUGGUGGACGACAGCGAGGUCGGCGAGUGGAACCUGCAGGGCCUGCCCACCGACGAGCUGUCCAUCCAGAACGGCAUCAUGGUCACCCGCGCCAGCCGCUAUCCGGUGCUGGUGGACCCCCAGGGCCAGGGCCGCGAGUGGAUCAAGAACCGCGAGGAGGCUAACCAGCUCAAGACCACGCAGCUGAACGACAAGCUGUUCCGCAACCACCUGGAGGAGUGCCUGGCCUUCGGCCGGCCGCUGCUGAUUGAGAACAUUGAGGAGGAGCUGGACCCGCUGCUGGACCCCGUGCUGGAGCGGCGCCUGGUGAAGAAGGGCAAGACCUGGGUGGUGCCGCUGGCGGAUAAGGAGGUGGACUUUACGGAGACCUUCCGCCUCUUCUGCACCACGCGCCUGCCCAACCCGCACUUCACGCCCGAGCUGAGCGCCAAGGUGACGGUGGUUGAUUUCACCGUGACCAUGGCGGGCCUGGAGGACCAGCUGCUGGGCAAGCUGAUCAGCAAGGAGAAGAAGGAGCUGGAGGACCAGCGCCAGCAGCUGCUGGAGGAGGUGCAGAGCUACAAGAAGCGCAUCAAGCAGCUGGAGGACGACCUGCUGUUCCGCCUGUCCAACAGCCAGGGCAACCUGCUGGACGACACGGAGCUGAUUGACGUGCUGGCCGUCACCAAGCAGACCGCGCAGGACGUGAGCGAGAAGCUGGCCAACGCCUCGGAGACCAACAAGCGCAUCAACGAGGCGUGCGAGGAGUACCGCCCCGUGGCCCACCGCGCCACGCUGCUGUACUUCCUGAUUGCCGAGUUCUCGGUGGUCAACUGCAUGUACCAGACCUCGCUGGCGCAGUUCAACCAGCUGUACGAGCUGGCCAUCGACCGCAGUGAGAAGGCCAACAUGCCCUCCAAGCGCAUCCACAACAUCAUCGAGUACAUGACCUACGAGAUCUACCUGUACGUGCAGCGCGGCCUGUUCGAGCGCCAUAAAAUCAUCUUCGCGCUGAUGCUCACCAACAAGGUGUUGACGUCGGCGGGCAAGGUAAAGGCCACCGACCUGGACGUGUUCCUGAAGGGAGGCGCCGCGCUGGACAUCAACAGCGUGCGCAAGAAGCCCAAGGACUGGAUCCCCGACUCGGUCUGGCUCAACAUCAUUGCGCUGUCGGCCAUGGACGCCUUCCGCGACAUCCCCGACUCCGUCUUCCGCAACGACGGCCUGUGGCGGCAGUGGUACGACCAGGAGGCGCCCGAGAUGGCCAAGGUGCCCGACUACGAGGACCGCCUGAACAAGUUUGAGCGCAUGUGCGUGGUGAAGACGUUCCGUGAGGACCGCACCCUCAUCGCCGCCGCCGACUACAUUGCUGAGGCGCUGGGCCAGCGCUUCGUGGAGUCGGUGCCGCUCAACAUGGAGAAGGCCUGGCAGGAGAGCCAUGCCAAGUGCCCGCUCAUCUGCCUGCUGUCGCCCGGCGCCGACCCGACCAAGCUGAUUGAGGACCUGGCCAAGAAGAAGAAGAUCAAGACGCUGGGCGUGUCCAUGGGCCAGGGCCAGGAGGUGAUUGCGCGCAAGCACAUGGCGGCGGCCAGCCUGGAGGGCCACUGGGUGCUGCUGCAGAACACGCACCUGGGCCUAGGCUACCUGACUGAGGUGGAGACCUUCCUGGUCAAGGAGGAGAACGUGCACGAGGACUUCCGCCUGUGGAUUACCGCGGAGCCGCACCCGCAGUUCCCCAUCGGCCUGCUGCAGAUGGGCAUCAAGAUCACCAACGAGGCGCCGGUGGGCAUCAAGGCCGGCCUGCGCGCCUCCUACCAGUGGGUCAACCAGGACAUGCUGGACAUGGUGUCGCGGCAGGAGUGGCGCCAGCUGCUCUUCGUCAUGUGCUUCCUGCACAGCGUGGUGCAGGAGCGCCGCAAGUUCGGCCCCAUCGGCUGGAACGUGCCCUACGAGUUCAACCAGUCGGACCUCAGCGCCUGCGUGCAGUUCCUGCAGAACCACCUGUCGGAGAUGGACGCCAAGAAGGCGCCGCAGCCCACCUGGGAGACGGUGCGCUACAUGAUCAGCGCCAUCCAGUACGGCGGCCGCAUCACCGACGACUUUGACAAGCUGCUGAUGGACACCUUUGCGGAGAAGUACUUCCUGCAGCCGGUGCUGCAGCCCAGCUACGAGCUGUUCAAGGACACGCGCUCAAGCGACGGCUUCAGCUACCGUGUGCCCGACUCCACCGACAUUGACGCCUUCCGCUCCUACAUCGAGACGCUGCCCGGCACCGAGUCGCCCGAGAUCUUCGGCCUGCACCCCAACGCGGACAUCACCUUCCGCACGCUGCAGGUGCAGGAGUCGAUCGUGACCAUCCUGGACACCAUGCCCAAGGGCGCCGGCAGCGGCAGCGGCCUGAGCCGUGAGGAUGUGGUGGACAAGAUUUGCGAGGACCUGCUGUCCAAGGCGCCCCCGCUGUUUGACAAGGAGGAGACGAAGGAGAAGCUGAAGAAGCUGCCCGGCGGCCCCACGCUGCCGCUGACGGUGCAUCUGCGGCAAGAGAUUGACCGCCUCAACAUCGUCACACGCCUGACCACCACCACCCUGAAGAACCUGCGCCUGGCCAUUGCCGGCACCAUCGCGCUGAGCGGCGGCCUCAUCGACGCCCUGGACGCGCUGUUCAACGCCCGCAUCCCGCAGCAGUGGCUCAGCAAGUCCUGGGAGGCGUCCACGCUGGGCAACUGGUUCACCGGCCUGCUGCAGCGCUACGACCAGCUGAACAAGUGGCUGAACCUGGGCCGGCCCAAGGCCUACUGGAUGACCGGCUUCUUCAACCCACAGGGCUUCCUCACCGCCAUGAAGCAGGAGGUGAACCGCAAGCACGCGGCGGACAAGUGGGCGCUGGACGACGUGGUCAUGAGCAGCGAGGUGACGCACCCGCCCAAGGACUUUGAGAGCCUGAAGGAGGGCGCGCCCGAGGGCGUGUACGUGUACGGGCUGUACCUGGACGGCUGCGCCUGGAGCGGCCGCGAGAACCGCCUGAUGGACAGCGACCCCAAGAAGCUGUUCAACCCGCUGCCGGUGCUGCACGUGACGGGCGUGCUGGCCAAGGACAAGAAGCGCAGCGGGCUGUACGAGGCGCCCACCUACCGCGUGAAGGCGCGCAAGGGCCUCAACUUCAUCACCACCUUCUCGCUGCGCACCGAGGACGACAAGUCCAAGUGGAUCCUGCGCGGCGUGGGCAUCCUGUGCUCCAUCGACUAAGCGUGUCGUGUCGAGGCGUGCCGGCAGAGGAGCAGCAGCGGCCGGGAGGGAGGGAGGAUGGGUUAGGGAGGCGGCACUGACGCAGCAACGUGUGUGCGUGACUGUGUAUGAUUAUGCCCUGACUUGGUAACGUGUGUGAGUGUGCGUGCGUGCGCUUUGCGUGAGCGUGCAAUUGGCGUACGAGAUUCUGGCAUGUGAGCUUGUGUUGCGACACAGACGACAAGGUACAAUGUGCGCAGCGUGCGAUUCAGAACCAUGUGAUACGAUAUUGGUGGCAGUAAUGUGUAUACCUGUGUGCACCGUACGGUAUACGGACGCUGCGUUAAUGCAGAAGCUGCAGGCGCAGGAUGCCACUGCGUGACCGUGCCGAACACUGCUGCAGCAGGGACACCCCUGUACUGCAGUAACGGGCGCAGCAAUGUAAUGCCUAAAGAAU